UCAAGUUGAUCGAUCUCUGAACUUAAUUCCAGACCACAAUGAAAUAGACACAUCUCCAGGGACUGAAGCUACACAUAGAUGUGUAAUCUAGGGGUGAUUUUGUAAUAUUCUGUUGUUCAAAAUAUCUAUUUUUGACAACCUUUGCAUCAUGUGGUACAAGAAAUGCUAGACAGUGGACGUUAUUGCAUCUUUCUCUCAAAUCCUUAAUUUCUGAUACUUGGUUUUCUUAUGUGUAGAUACAUAUGUUCAACAUUCUCACUUUUGUCUAUUCCGUCGAAAUUCAUUUUGACAUUUCGACGGAAUCAGACAACCCCGCCCCUCUUCACCCUUUUACGCCCUGAUAUCCUUCCAUCAUGGCGGUUUUAAGCCGCCAUGAAUAUUUCCAAGACCCCGCCAACCACAUUGUGGUCCCAUCUUCCCCCAUCCCUCAGGCCGAACCAAUUUGUCUCGAUGCCAACAAUGACCUCUCGUUCCCUUUUGGAAACAUUGAUGGCCUUGACCACGAUGACCUUCGCAUGACCGCUUAUGAAGUAUUCUUUACUGCCUGUCGUUCCUCCCCAGGCUUUGGAACUCAUACAGCCGUUACCUUGUAUUUGUCUGACAAUGGAGAACAUAGACCCGGAUCGCCUGGAUCACCCGGGUCUCCUCGUUCACCUCGUAAUGGGGUAGGCAUGUCAGUAACUAGCCGAACAAAAAGGGUGCUUGGUUUGAAGAUGUUGAAACGUACUCCUACACGAAGGAGCAACUCUUGUGGGUCGAACCCAUUAUCUCCUAGUGGAUAUAGUAAUAAUUGUAGCCCUAAGAGCCCAAGGGGAUCGUUUUCGACUUUGCCAAGCCGUGGCACGACGAGAAGACCGUUGACAUCAGCUGAGAUUAUGAGGCAACAAAUGAAGGUGUCUGAGAGUAUUGAUAGCGCUCUACGGAAAACACUGAUGAGAACCCUCGUUGGCCAAACAGGCCGACAUGCAAAUACGAUAGUUUUGCCAUUAGAGCUCCUCCGCCAAAUAAAGCUGUCCGAAUUCAAUGAUACAAAUGAGUACCACACUUGGCAAAAACGCCAACUCAGGAUCCUUGAAGCCGGGCUCCUAGAUCACCCUUCCAUUCCCCUAGGCAAAACCAACACUUUUGCAAAGCGCCUUCGAGAAAUCAUUCAUGGUAGUGAAGUCAAGCCCAUUGACACAAAUAAAAACUCAGAAGCAAUGAAAACCUUAAGUAAUUGUGUGGUUUCUCUCUCAUGGAGAAGCCCAAAUGGAGCCCCGACAGACGUCUGUCAUUGGGUUGAUGGCUACCCACUAAACAUAAACAUCUACAUUCCCCUCCUUCGGUCCAUUUUCGACUUGAAAGAUGAAACAUGUGUUCUUGAUGAGGUUGAUGAGCUUUUGGAGCUCAUGAAGAAAACAUGGCCAACUUUAGGCAUCACAAGAGCGAUACACAACUUGUGUUUAACAUGGGUACUUUUUGAACAAUAUGUUAUAACCGGACAAGUGGAGAACGAAUUGCUUGGUGCCUCGUUGACAAUGCUAACUGAGGUCGCUUAUGAUGCCAAGAAAGCUGACCACGAUCCCAUAUAUCUAAACAUGUUGUCGGCGAUGUUGUAUUCUAUGAAGAAAUGGUUGGAAAACAGAUUGCUUGAUUACCAUGAAAGCUUUAACAGGGGAACGGUUAAGUUAAUGAAGAACAUGCUUCCCCUUGUUUUUUCUGCCACCAAGAUCUUGGAGGAAGACGUGCCUGGGUAUAAAGUGGGUGCCAUAAAGGGAACUUCAGAUUCCAUCAACGUUGAUCGUUAUAUCCGAUCCUCUUUAAGGAAUGCCUUUGCAAAGAUGUUGGAUAACGGAAACAUGAUAAAUGAAUCAAUGACAUUACAAGAAAAGAGCGAAAAACUAAUACAAAUAGCAAAAGGAAGCGAAGAAUUGGCACUUAGAGAGAUGGGAAUAUUUAGCUCCGUGUUGAAAAAGUGGCACCCGAUCUCAGCUGGAGUUGCAGCUGUAACUAUACAUGCAUGCUAUGGAAACUUGUUGAGACAGUAUUUGGCUGCUAAUCCCAUGAUUUCCAGUGAGACCGUUACUGUUCUUCAACAGGCUGAUAAGCUCGAAAAGGCAUUGGUCAAUAUGGUGGUGGAAGACUCUGUAGAAUGUGAAGAUGGAGGCAAGACGAUCGUGAGAGAGAUGGUUCCUUAUGAUGUUGAUUUGAUUGUAUUAAGGUAUUUGAGACAUUGGAUUCAAGAAUGCUUGAAGAGAGCCAAAGAUGUUGUUCAAACAGCCAAAGAAACCGAAACAUGGAACCCCAAGUCAAAAAGUGAGCCUUACGCACAAUCAGCUAUGGAGCUGGUGAAACAAUCCAAAGACGCCAUUGAUUCGUUCUUUAACAUCCCAAUUGGAGUCUCUGAAGAUUUGGUUCACGAAUUUGUUGACGCCAUUGAACAUAUUUUACAGGAUUACAUAAAUCUUGCUGCAUCAUGUGGAUCAAAAGAAAGCUAUAUUCCCGCCUUGCCUUCUCUAACACGAUGUGGUCGUGACUCAAAAUUUAUCAAGUUAUGGAGAAAGGCAGGGGUACCUUGCAGUGCUAUGGGCUCAAAUCCAAACGAAAUCAGCUUUGAAGAAGGCAAUAAUCAUGCUAGACCAUCCACUAGCCGUGGGACACAACGUCUCUACAUUCGUAUCAAUACAUUACACUACAUUUUUUCCCAACUCAAUUCGCUUGACAAACAUCUUGCAAUUAUCUCACCUCGGAUCAUUAUUGGUGGUAGUCGACAACUUGGUAGCUCAUAUUUUGAGAAAACCCGAUCAGCCAUUAAAUUUGCCACUACACAUGUAUCAGAAGUUGCAGCAUACCGCUUAGUAUUCCUUGACUCAAACUCGGUUUUCUAUGGAAGUUUAUACGUUGGAGACGUCGAAACUUCAAGAAUCGCACCCGCUCUUAAGAUCAUGAAACAUAACAUUACAUUACUAACCGCAAUAGUGACUGAUAAAGCUCAACCGUUAGCACUGAAAGAGCUAAUGAAAGCCUCAUUCUAUGCAUUCCUAACUGUUUUGUUAGCAGGAGGUGCCUCAAGGAGCUUUACAAAAUACGAUAAUAAGAUGAUCCAAGAGGAUUUGAAGAGUUUGAAGAUGCUUUUCUCGACGUGUGGAGAAGGGUUGAUUGUUGAGGAUGUGGUGGAACAAGAGGCGGAGACAGUGGAUGGAGUUGUGGGGUUGAUGGGACGAUCCACGGAUGACUUGGUGAAUGAGUUUAGUACUUUGGUUUGUGAUGGUUCCGAAACGUUUUCAUUGCCUCAGACGUCCGGAAAAUGGAGCAGUACCGAUGCAAACACGAUGUUGAGGGUGUUGUGUUAUAGAAAUGAGAGUGCUGCAAAUAUGUUCUUGAAGAAGACAUACCAAAUGCCAAAAAGAGGAAGUAAAAAUGGUGGAAAUUGAGGUGGGGAGUUUAUUAUUUAGAGGGAUAUGAUAUGUAUUUUUGUAUGUGAUACUUUUGGUGUGAAGAGGGUCAUUAAUUUUUAUUUGGGAAUAU